CAGCUCGAGGGAACCCUCCAGACCAUGGCACCCAGAAGGGCCCGGAAGAAAGUGGAAGGAGGAGCCAGCUCCAAUGUCUUCUCCAUGUUCGAUCAGUCCCAGAUCCAGGAGUUUAAAGAGGCCUUCACCAUCAUGGACCAGAACCGGGACGGCUUCAUCGACAAGGAGGACCUGAGGGACACCUUUGCUGCCCUGGGCCGCAUCAAUGUAAAGAACGAGGAGCUGGAGGCCAUGGUGAAGGAGGCCCCUGGGCCCAUCAACUUCACCGUCUUCCUGACCAUGUUUGGGGAGAAGCUGAAGGGGACGGACCCCGAGGAGACCAUUCUCCACGCCUUCAAGGUGUUCGACACUGAAGGGAAAGGUUUCGUCAAGGCUGAUUUCAUCAAAGAGAAGCUCAUGACGCAGGCAGACCGGUUCAGUGAGGAGGAGGUCAAGCAGAUGUUUGCCGCUUUCCCGCCAGAUGUGUGUGGCAAUCUGGACUACCGGAACCUGUGUUACGUCAUCACGCAUGGCGAAGAGAAGGACUAGACGAGACCGCGGACCCUCCCCCCCUCCAAACCCCCCACCCAUUCAGAGGCAGCAAAUACUGGGAGACGGGAGGGGUGGCCUUUGAGGAGCCCCAGCGGCCAAUGUGUGCGAA